AUGUCCCUAUACUUAAGAGCCCUUCAUACUUGGGAUGAGGGGAAGAUUCGGAAGCAUGGCUCAAUCAGACCGAUAUCCCUACGGCAAAAAUCUCGCAUAGAGACUUACUGGGGGGCGAAUGCCAGCUUUCACUGUUUCAGCUGGACUUCCAAGCGAGUGAAGUUAAAAUUGACGCCGCAAGAAUCGGCGAUUAAUGCAUUACUAGACGUCGACCCCGUUCUCCAGCGGCCUCUCUCCCUCCAGUCAGAACACUCCCUUGUGGCCCCUCAGGACGGAUUUGACUACUGUGAUCCGCGAAAGCAUUUUCGCAACCAUGUUGCCAAUGCUGCUACCACCGAUAGGACACUCUUAUAUGCCAUCUUUGCUGUGUCCGCACGAUACCAGAGCGCUUCUUCACGCCGACUGAGCAUAUUUGCGGAAGAGUGCCAGCAAAGCUGUCUGAACUCUCUUAUCUCUGCUCUAAAUGACUACGAUACAACAGUUGGAGAAAAUGUUUUUGCGUCAGCCUUAAUCCUCCGACUUAUAGAGGAAAUGACAGGGCCGUAUGGCUUACAAUUACCAGUACCACAUCCAGGAGUAGAUACUGUUUCCCACACGCUGUCUGCUCAACUCUUAAUCUGCAUAAGGGCCGGCAAUAUCACCACAUCAUUAAUCACGGAUGCUGCUUUUAUCAUCAUAUUACGCCAGGAGAUAUUCGUAGCAAAUCUAACCCAACGACCAGUCGGAUCAAUCACCGAACACUGCAACAUCUACACAUCUCUAAACCCAGCAUCCGAGCCAAUGUGGGCUUACAGAGCCAUUGCACUCGCAGCCAGAUCCACCGAUUUCGCGUACGACGGUAACCAAUCUCGAACGAAAGAGCGUUAG